CUAUUUUCACAUUGACAGAGCAUUUACAUACACAAAUACCUCCCAAUUUACAACCCAACAACAGUAAACAGCUCAUAAAUCCGCUAUUUACUCAAUCCAAUUAAGCCCACAAAUCUGUUGGCCACCAAAUCCAAACCCUCUUUCCACCCCUUGCUAAAAUCUAACCAUCUCAGAGUUUUGGUCUCUUUUGCGGUUCCUUUUUUUCUUUAAAGGAAGGAAAGAAGGAAUUUGUGUGGCAAAUGGCUCGUUCAACAGAUCCUCUGGUAGUAGGGAGAGUCAUAGGCGAUGUUAUAGACUUGUUUGUGCCCUCUGUAGAUUUGGCUGUUUACUAUGGAACAAAGCAGGUCACCAAUGGCUGUGAGAUCAAACCCUCUCUUACUGUUAACCGCCCAAAUGUUCAAAUUGCAGGAAGAUACUAUGAUGAUAGUCUCUACACUCUGGUGAUGACCGACCCAGAUGCUCCUAGCCCCAGUGAGCCCAAUUUGCGAGAGUGGAUCCACUGGCUGGUGACUGAUAUCCCUGGAGGCACAGACCCAAGUCAAGGCAGAGAGGUGUUGGCCUACAUGGGACCUAGGCCUCCAAUAGGCAUUCACAGGUAUGUGUUCGCACUGUAUAAGCAACAGGGUCCUAUGGUGAUGGUGAUGCCUCCACAGCAGCGCAACAAUUUCAGCACCAGGGCAUAUGCUGCACACUAUGGCCUUGGCCUUCCUGUUGCUGCAGUUUAUUUCAAUGCCCAGAAAGAGCCUGGAACCAGAAAGCGUUAGCCUUGCCUUUCACAUGCAAAUCAUGAAAACUAUAGAUCUGAGAGUGUUGAUGUUGUUGAUACAUGUAUUAUGUACAGGGUGUGACUCAGGCUGACAGUUAAUGCUUCUGGAUUUUAUCAUGCUUUGGUGGAUCAGCAGGGCUGUGAGCUUUUUUUUCUUAGCUUUUUUUGUAAUGGAUAUUUCCCCUCUACGAUUUUUCUGUCAUGAGGAGAAGCAUCAUCAUGAGGCCCUUAGCCAUAGAAUAUAUAGUACUGUGUGUGUUUAUCUAGAGAAAAUAAAGAAAGUUCUUGUAACUGGUGAUCCCAGAGAAGGUAAAAUAUUGAAGAAGUUGGCUUUGAGUCAAUUGUCUGCCAUUAAAUGCUUUGGGUGAUUGGAUUCA